CCAGCCACCUGGGGUUGCCUGCUGGCCUGGUGGCUUUGUGGAGCUGUCCCCUCCCUGAGCGCCCAGGGCGUGAAUGUUUGAACUAUUUUGCUUUUGGCACUUGGCUGAGCGUGGAGUGGCUGCAGGAAUGGUAUCACCCUGCCCCGAGAGCCCUCAGGGCUGGCACUCAGCGUGUCCUGCGUGCCCAGCCCUGCCAGGCUGGACUCGAGGUGCUCCUGGGUGUUUCUUGUUUGUGUAGGUGACUCAUCCCAGCCUUGUCCCUGCUGCUGUCCCUGCUGUCCCUCGGUGCCACCGCUCCUCCCCAGGGCUCAGCCACCUCUCCUGGCUCCCAGCACGUGUCCCUGGUGCCUCUCCCCGCAGGACACGGCAGAGCUGUGCUCAAGGAGCUAUGGGGAACACCCCGGGUGUGCCAGAGGAGGCUGAGGAUGGUGGCACCUGCACGGUGAAGAGUUACCAGCCCCUCUCCGACUCUCCCGACGGUGUUCAGAACGGAUCUGUGGUGUUUGCUCAGAACCCUCCCCCGGCAGGGAACGGUGAAGGGGAUGCCAGGGCAGCUCCUGGCCGGGAUGCCGCUGCCGUCCCUCCAGCGGAGCUGCGCGGUGCCCGGGCAGGUGGGCAGGCCGGUGGGAGCGCUGCCAGCGGGGCUGUGCCAGCUGCCAGCGGGGCUGUGCCGGCUGCCAGGCCCCGCGCCGCGCUCGCCUUCCCCUGGGCUGUGCCAGGGCGUUCCGCGGAGCCUCCGGCCCCCGCAGAGCCCGCUGCCGAUGCCACCGGGCUGAACACAGCCCCGAGGGAGGGCACAGACCGGCCCGGGACGGCUGCGGACCGGCAGGAGAGCCAGAAAAACCCGGGCCAGGCCCCGCUGCAGGACGUGGAGCUCGAGGAGACACCUGAGGGACAGGAUGUGGCCGCCCCAAAGGCCAAACAAGUGACGCUCUUGGACAGGAUCUUCAGGCUGGAGAAGCACAAGGGAAGGACACGAGGGGACCCUCAGGAGGGCAGGCAGGAGCUGGACGUUCCCAACGGGGGCAUCGCGGCCGGCGCACCCAACGCUGGGGUCCCGCUGGGCAAGGAGAUAGAUGAGUGCAGCCAAAAGGAGCUUGGGCAGGACUGUGCAGGUGAGCAGGUGGCUGCAGCACCUGGGAGGGCACAGGCACAGCAGGACGGUCCCCAGGCAGCUGCAGGACAGGGCUCAGUCAUGAGCUUCCUCAAAACACUGGUCUCCCCAAACAAAGCUGAAGCCAAAAGUGAUUCUGAAGACAAGGGCUCCAAGGCGGAGAAGGGCCCCGGGGGGCAGCCCGGCCCGAAGGCAGAAUCCCCCUCCAAAGGAGCCAAGAAAAAGAAGGCAGAGAGCCCCAAGCUGGGCCACGGCACCUUUAGCAAACUCUUUAGGCACAAGGCUGCGAAAGAAACCCAGCAGACAACCAACACCAAACCCUGUCCUUGUGGUCCCCAGAGCCCCGAGCAGCCUGCAGCCCCCUGUGCAAAAGCUGACAGGAAUGUCCCCCAGGCCCAGGAGCCUCAGCCCAAGCAGAACCCGAAAGCGCCCGAGGCUGCGGCCCCUCCGCAGGGAGUGACCAGCGAACCCCCCCGCGAGGCCACCAGGGACAAGGGCCCGGCCACCCCUCUGCCCCUGAGCAAGCUCUUCUGGAAAAAGAACUCCUCGGAAGAGGCAGAGGCCGUGAGCAAUGAGAAGGCAGAGGCGGCUCCCGAGGCGGCGGCUCCCGACAGGGACGAGAGCAGGAGCGCCGAGAGCGCCGAGGUGAAACCGCGCGGGGCCGAGAGCAAAACGCCCAAGGCAAACCUGAGGAAGUUUUUUAAGCUGUCACUCAAGGGUGAUGGAGGGACCCCCAGUUCGGAAGAGGGAGCAGGUCCCAGCCCCACACACCGCACCUUAAACCCCACGGAGAAGCCUCUUGCCCCGUCUGAGAGCGACCCUGGGGGCCAGAGGAGCAAAGAGGGCUCCAAGGACAAGAAGAGCCUGGUGGAGCUGGGCAGGCAGAAGGGCAGGGAGCAGCCAGAGCCCCGGGAGCAGCCGGCAGCCGAGCCCGACUCCGUCCAGAACGGCGGUGACACCAAGGAACCCUCCUACAAGAGGACAGAGAAGAGGCAGUCCCUGGGAGGGUUUUUUAAAGGCUUUGGCUCCAAAAGGAUGCUGGAUGCAGAAGUGCAGACAGACCCCGUGUCCAUCCUCCCUGCUGGCAAAUCCAAGUAAAGCCCAGCCGGGGCUGCUGAAGGGAGGCUCAGCUGCCCUCUGGGGCUCCUGGCAGCAGAAUUGACUCCUUUUCCCUCCCAGGGCUGCCGGCAAACGCCCGAGGCUGAAGCAAAUGCUGGGGUACCACUGCAGGGUGUCAUUGGCAGGGUUUGUUCCUCACCUGUGGAAAGCAGCUCUGAAGAUCCCAAGAAAUGUGUUUAAAGUGAGGUGGUGUGGGUGGUUUGGAGCGUGGGGAGGGGAGGGUAAGGCAGGUGCGAGGGUGGCAGAGAAUUCAGUAAAUGCAGAAAAACAGAGCACGUGGAGAAGGAGGGCAGCGAGGCACGGGCAGCGGAUCCUCCGCUGGGGAGAGCUUGAGAGCAGCCAGGAAAAUCAUAAAUCCCCUUGGACACACGUUCUGCUUCACGGGAAAAACAAAAAACCAGCCGAGCCACUUCUGGGGGGUUCCGACACCACAAAUCCCCUUGGACACACGUUCUGCUUCACGGGAAAAACAAAAAAAACCCAGCAGAGUCACUUCUGGGGGGUUCCGACAGAGCUGAAAUUAGAGCUGAACCCUGACAGAGCCCGUGGCGAUCCAACCCUGCUUCCCCGGUUAUUAAUGGAAAUUAAAACUCUAAAAUGCAAAGGCUUGAUUGGGGCAGCUCCUCUCUGGGCCGGGCGAGGUGGGAUAACAAAUUAAAAGCUAUUUAAGGUUCUAAUAGGACACAAGAGGGCACCCACGUCCCCUAACGCCGGGCUGUGCCUGCCAGCCGGGAAUUAAUGUUCCUUAGGUCGUAGGAAACUUAGUUGUUCACCCUGGUACCUGUUUAUGUCCAUACUUGUAAUUAACCCUAAUAAAAACCAAAAUCAAAGCUGCUCCGGCAGCUCUGUGCUUCACUAGGCUCCUGUAAUAACUGUAGUUAAUAAAUAUUACAGAAAAUUAAGAUUUCUGUUCAAUCCUAGCCUGUACAGGGAACCGUGGGCCUGACAUUUUAAUCCACACUGAUCCUAAUGAUACAAUACUGUAUAUUUUGACAUCCUUAUCUUUAAAUAAACUAAUACUUAUCCUUUGAAACAAAAAA